UGAUGCCGGGAGUGCGACACAGACUAGCAGAGCUCAGCAUUAGGGCCCCGGAGGUCCGAGCCCAGGGCUAGGGCGCCUGCCGUGUCCACUGGGGGGACUGCGAUCCCCGCUGGCGCUGAGCAGGGCGCGCUGGGAGCGCGCGUGCGAGGUCGGGGCGGAAGGCGCGUCACAGCCAGGCCCCUAAACCCUUCGCCCUGGGCUGGCUGGCUGGCCGGCCGGCGGCUCCUCGGUGGGGCGCUCGCUGGAGGCCCCGCGGUAAACGCGGGACCCGUCCCGGCACCCCGCGAUCCGACCCAGCAGGGCAGAGUCCGGGGGCCCGCAGUCGGCUGCGUCCUCUCGGCGGCCUGUCCUUCCCCCGCGCGCUCAGGCAGGGGCGGUAGUGGCUCGGUUUGGGACGGCUACUGCGUUGAAUUUGACUUUUCGUGGCCAGCAUGGGGUAAACUCGCAUCUCCGGGGACCGUGGGGAUUAUUUACAGGGAGCCCGCCAACCACACACAACAGUCUAAUUUAACCUUUCCAAGUCCUCGUAAAUUUUUACAGCUGGGAGCCACGGCGAGGCACACGAAUCUGUUGGUCGCUCCCCACUUCCCCACCAGCCUGUGUGGCUCCUGAAACAAUAACUCCUUAUGAAAUAUAAAUAUAGAUUUAAAUACAGUAGAGCGAGAAUGCGACUUGGCUGCUUUUUUAUGGCUUCAAUUAUUGUCUAAUUUUAUGUGAGGGGCUCCGCUGGCCGCACUCGCACGCGGGGACCCGCGCCUUGCUGCUGGCGUGAUUAAUUGUGAUAUAAAAUAGUCCGCUUAAGAAGUGUGCGUCUGCUGGUGGUGGCGGCGGGAGGGGAGGGAGUCCAGAGGCAAGGCCAGAUUUGAUCUUUUAAUCUUCGUUGGCCACAAUUAAAACAAACCCGAUCGUUGAGCGCCGCGAUCCCUUUGCAUAAAAACAUAUGGUUUUUGCUAUAAAAAUUAUGACUGCAAAACACCGGGCCAUUAAUAGCGUGCGGAGUGAUUUACGCGUUAUUGUUCUGCUGGGCGGACACGUGACGCGCGCGGCCAAUGGGGGAGCGGGCGCCGGCAACUUAUUAGGUGACUGUACUUCCCUCCCCGGUGCCACCAAGUUGUUACAUGAAAUCUGCAGUUUCAUAAUUUCCGCGGGUCGGGCCUGGCGGCCGGGCGCAGGGCGCAGGGCGCAGCGAUGGCCACCACCGGGGCCCUGGGCAACUACUACGUGGACUCCUUCCUGCUGGGCGCCGAUGCCUCGGACGAGCUGGGCGCGGGCCGCUAUGCUGCAGGACCGCUGGGUCAGCCCCCCAGGCAGGCUGCGGCGCUGGCUGAGCACCCAGACUUCAGCCCCUGCAGCUUCCAGUCCAAGGCCGCGGUGUUCGGAGCCUCAUGGAACCCGGUGCACGCGGCAGGCGCCGGCGCGGUGCCCGCGGCGGUGUACCACCACCACCACCACCACCACCCUUAUGUGCACCCCCAGGCGCCCGUGGCGGCGGCAGCUCCGGACGGCAGGUACAUGCGCUCCUGGCUGGAGCCCACGCCGGGCGCGCUCUCCUUCACGGGCUUGCCCUCCAGCCGGCCUUACGGCAUUAAACCUGAACCGCUGUCGGCCAGAAGGGGUGACUGUCCCACGCUUGACACUCACACUCUGUCCCUGACUGACUAUGCUUGUGGUUCUCCUCCAGUUGAUAGAGAAAAACAGCCCACCGAAGGCGCCUUCUCCGAAAACAAUGCUGAGAAUGAGAGCAGCGGAGACAAGCCCCCCAUCGAUCCCAGCAACCCGGCUGCCAACUGGCUCCAUGCGCGCUCCACUCGGAAGAAGCGUUGCCCCUACACGAAACAUCAGACGCUGGAGCUGGAGAAGGAGUUUCUGUUCAACAUGUACCUCACCAGGGACCGCAGGUACGAGGUGGCCCGGCUGCUCAACCUCACGGAAAGGCAGGUUAAGAUCUGGUUCCAGAACCGCAGGAUGAAAAUGAAGAAAAUCAAUAAGGACCGAGCAAAAGACGAGUGAUGCCACUUGUGUGGGCCGAGGAAACAGACGGAGCUGGAGAGAAAGAGAAAGGACCGCUCGCACCCUUCUCCCACCCCCCACACCACCCCAGCCUCCAGCACUCUGCACAAAGCAGCGCUUAGACCCCAGGCCUCAUCACCCCCCUGGCAAACCCUCCUCAGGCCGGUCCUUGGCCUGCCGCUUUCGUGGAGGAGGUAUCGUAAGCUUCCCAUUUUCUCGUAAGACAAACCAGAAGGAGAAGGAGAAGAAGAAGAAGGCCAUUGGCGUUGAUGGCAGUGUAUGCUCUCUUGUAUAUAUUUUGUAAAAUCUACCUGUUCCUGACUUAAAAACAAACAAAAACUACCUUUUUUUUUUUUUUAUAAUGCACAACUGUCGACUGUGGGCUGUAUAGUUUUUAGUCUGUGUAGUUAAUUUAAUUUCCUCUUUGUGUGGCAGAGCGGUCUGCCCAGAGACUUACUUGAACACUGUCUUAUCGUGGUGAUUCUGUUCUGUGACUCAAACUUCUGUGCCGGGCGACGCGCCCAUUGUGAUUGUGAUUGCUAGAAUUCAAUCUGAACUCAGGUUGUUAAUGGGGGGAGGGGAGAGUUGCAUAGAGUAUAGCUCUGUAGCGGAAUAUGUCUUCUGUAUAACUAGGCUGUUAACCUUUGAUUGUAAAUUAGCUGUAUGGAUUUCCUAGUGAAAUAAACAUGUUUUUUUUUUAAAGAAAGAACGAGUUCUCCGGGAUACAUAGAUUCAUGGUUCUCUCCACUUUGGAAAUUUGGGCAUUUUUUUUUCUCUCUACAUACUCUAUAGACCUGUUUUGUACAUUGUACAUAUAAUCCACAUAUUUUUAAAAAUUAUCAAACCAGCUCGAAGAUCGUUUUUGCACCAGACAAACAGGGAGGAAAUUCGGAGCUAUACCUAUGUGCAGAAGGUUACUACCUAUGGUUUACGUUUAAUUUUAACGGGGGGGAAAGGAUAUUGUAAUGGAGUUAAUUUUAUUGAUAAUAAAUUAUACACUAUGAAACCACCGCUGGGCUACUGUAGAUUUGUAUUCUUGAUAAAUCUGGGGUUUCAUUGGGCUGAACAUACACUGUAUAUUUUGCAAUAGCUACUUACCUCAAGGCCUACUGACCAAAUUGUUGUGUUGAGAUAUUUAACUUUUUGCCAAAUAAAAUAUAUUGAUUCUCUUCUA